UCUCUGUUUGUCUCUCUCUCUGCCUCUGUCUGUUAAGAGCAGAGCCUGUCCGGCAGAGCAGCGGAUGUAUGAGGGAUGAUUCAGUGGCUGACAGGAAGCCCGCCGCCUUGCAUCCUGCCUGCCAGUGUCUGUGGCAUUGGCAUCGGAUCAAGCAGGUGUGUGGGCUCAGGAUGAGGUGGCCGCAGUGAGGAGCCCCCCGCUCUCAGCCCUGCAGGAAGAGUGGCCAGGAAUGGACAUGAGCGUGGACACGGAGCUGCUGUGGCCGGGGGCGGCCCUGCUUCUGCUGCUGCUGGGGGCGGCGGCCAGCCUGUGUGUGCGCUGCUCCCGCCCAGGUGCAAAGAGGUCCGAGAAAAUCUAUGAGCAGAGGAGCCGGGAAGAGAAUCAGCAGAACUUCGCCGUGGCCCGGACCUACACGUUGGUCAGGGAGGCCUGGCCAGGGCCCCUGGUGGACACGGCCUCCAACGCGGCAUCAGCAAGGAAGGACAAGCUGCUGCAGUUCUCCCCCAGCCUCGAGGAUUCUUCAUCCUCCAGGUACCAGAACUUCAGCAAAGGAAGUAGAUGCAGAUCAGAUGCAGCCUACAUACACCCCUUCGCCACAGACUAUUUCGAUUGUGGGCGGUUCCAGAAGCCCCCGGAAGACGAUGACGACACCAAUUCCUACGAGAACGUGCUCAUCUGUGAGCCAAAGAAAACCGAAUCAGGGGACGACGGGUCUGAGGAUUACCAGAACUCGGCAUACAUCCGGCAGUGGCGGGAGUCCAGGAGAGUCGUGGAGCCCGUCCCGAGGGAAGCACCUCCCUCCCCGGUAGGAAGCCCAGACGAGGACGGCGGGGAGCCUGAUUACGUGAACGGGGACGUGGCAGCCACCAAAGCCUAGAGAAGCCCUGAAGGAAGGAGCCAGGGAACCAUACACUGCCUCCCCAGGGUCCCUUCUCCAGAGCUGCUCAACUUCUAGACCCCCUACGGCUACCCCUGGGAGGCGCACCAAUGCAUCCUGAGCACCAGCCAGCCGGCCACGGGGUACCCAGCCCGGGAAAGGACAGUUACGCGUGGAGCCGCCCUCUGACCGGCUCCCACGGGCAAGGCCGGAGCCUGGGGCCGAGGGCAGCUCCCGCUGUGGUCAGAUGCCCAGGACUCGGGGCAGUCACAUCCCCUUAACCACAUUUAAAACAUCAUACUACACGGGUGUUCGUGUCCUUUUUUGCUUUGGAUUUUGAUCCCAAAUUGCUUACUAAUGUUGGUUGCUGGGAUUUUUGUGUGUGAUGGAUAAGCUUGUACAGUUAAUUUAUAUAGGUGGAGUCGUAUUUAAUAUUCUGCGUUUCAGAGUAGAGGUUGUGUCUAUCUUGUCUCCUGUAAGCAUUACAUGUACUUAACUUCAGCAGAGUUAGGGAGAGCCCUGGCGCUCCUUUCUUUGGGCCUCCGUUGACUGAAUCAGAGAUGAGGCCACGGCCACCUUUGUGACCCUUCAGCAGGAGCGUCUGUUGUGGACAGAGUGCGUCACGGUUCUGGGGAAGGGGCAGGCGGAGUGGGAGUGGCCUGGAGCCUCAGCUGAUUGGGCAGAAACAGGACCGUCUCAUGGGAAGGACGGGGCCCAAGGGACCUUCUGAGUCAGAGAAGCCAGAGUCAGGGAAACAAAAUGCCUCCUCCAACCGAAACAUCUCAAUAAACCGUUCCAGUUUAAGGGCAGUGAUUCUCCUGUCUGCUUUCCCUGCUUCACGUAGAACCUUCUAAGGCAAUGAA